GCGCUUUCGCCUUUACUGUGACGAAAAACUUACAUUCGCAAUGUAUCUCAUACUGUCAUUGUUAGCACUGGGAGGUGCCUCAGGCAUGGCAUCCUCGAGCGCGGGCACUUCUCAAAGCGAAGGAUCGAUGGCUCCGGAAACGGAAAAGCCCCCAGCGUGGGCGAACGAGACGAGGCUUGGAAAAUACCAGCGCGCAGAGGAGGUCUUAAACGAAACAGCAACAUUUUAUAUCGUCAAAUCAACGUACAAUAAAGUCGACGAAUUGUGGGGCACUAAUUUUUCUUGCGUCAGCAUGCGACACAUCAAGGAAGACAACCAAAAGACAUAUUUCUCAUUCAAAAACUCGUCAGCGCAGACAAAAUACACGCUAAAUUUGACAACUGCACUUACUGCUACGUUUGGAUACAAGGAGAAUAACACCAUUCAAUACCAGCUACCUGAUUGCUCAUUUCUAAAUAAUACAGUCAUCUUUACCAAUAAAGAAUGCACACUUAUGAGUGUCUCAUAUGGAAAUGCCCGCAAUGACAACCAAGGGUGUGAACUGUGGGCCAGGAAGGAAUACCUCGAGAACCGCACUGUCCCUUUGUGUUGUUACUUUCUGUUUGAUAUGCUCUGUGCGCAAAUAGGAAGCUACAACGUACCGUAUGAUAAUUGCAACAGUUACUAAGUGGCUGUUCACGACCGGGAAAUAAAAUCACCGUAUUAGAAGGGAAAGCUUUAUGAUAUCAAAUACCUCCCAUUCUCAUAGGAGCAUUACGGACUAGUUUCCGUACUGUUCUGCUAAACCCGUUACGGUAAGGCAGAUGCAUAAACCCUAAAUGUCUAUUUGAAUGAGGUACGAAGCGACAAACAGAAUCAUUUAAGCUUUGUUUUGUCAAAGAAGAUUCUCAUCUGAAAUUUGUGCUCGUCGACUGUUUCUCUCCAACUUGCGAAAACCCCACAAUAAGCAAACCCGCUUAAAAACAAUCACCUGCACAAUGACUGUCACAAUAGAUAAGGUUAAUAUUUCUCAUAGAACGGGAAUCAUGUGUUGCACGGCGACUCGCUGGUGCGUUUAUUCUGCACAUAGAGGACAAUUUAUAUUUGAAAUAAAGUUUGGCUGCGA